AUGGAGGUGCCAAGGGGCCAGAGGUGGCAGAACAGAGUGCUCAGUCCAGGGUCUCCCCGUAUCCCCAUGGACAAACGCAUCUUCACCACCACACACUCCCCGGGCUGUGUUUUCCUGAAGGUGGACGAUCGGGCUGUGCCAUUGCUAGGAUACCUGCCUCAGGAUCUGAUUGGCACAUUGUUGCUGACCUGUAUUUACCCAAAGGACCGGCCCAUCAUGUUCUCCAUGCACCGCAAGGUGUUGAAGUAUGCGGGCCAGUCUCCAUUUGAGCACUCCCCAGUGCGUUUUUGUUGUCAAAACGGAGACUACGUCACCCUGGACACCAGCUGGUUCAGCCUCAUAAACCCCUGGAGCCGCAAGGUCGCCUUCAUAGGACGACACAAAGUCAGGAUGGGCCCUCUGAAUGAGGACGUGUUUGCUGCUCGGAGUAAAGAGGACCUGCCAAUCAUCCACCUGCCAAUCAUCCACAAAAUUAAAAACCUGCAGGCCAAGAAAUACAAGCUCUUCCUGCAGCCGGUCCAUAAUAAUGGCUCCAGUGGUUAUGGCAGUCUGGGCAGUAACGGUUCCCAUGAGCACUACAUCAGUGUGGAUUCCUCUAGCGACAGCAAUGGCAACCUGUGGGAGGAUUCACACCUUGAACCUAUGACCAUGCAGCAGAUCUGUGCUGAUGUGAAGAGUUGGGUCCAACAGGCAUACUUGGAAUCCAGCCACAUACUCACCCCCUUUGGGAAAUCUGCCACAGCGCCCUUCCCCCACACCAGGGCUGAGGUCAGAGGGCAUGAGGAGACCAGGAAGCAAGCGCACAUUCCGUCCCAUCAGCAGAUCAACUCCGUGGACAGCAUCAUCAGGUAUCUGGAGGGCUGUGGUCCACACUUGAAGCGUAAGAGCAAGUCUCGCUCCAUCGGCACAUCUUCCUCCUCCUCCUCUACCUCAGAGGAUGACACACCCACCACUGACCCACACACUGCCCAGGCCAGCUCCGACAUUGUGGUGCUGGACAAUCAGGUGUCAGUGGGCUCUACAGCAGCAGCUAUGGUGAGAGCUCCUCUCACAGACAUCGCUCUGUCUACAAAGGCUAUGAGUGUAGUGUCAGUCACCAGCUAGUGCUCCUACAGCAGCACUAUAGUGCAUGUUCCCCAGCCAGCGUCAGAGGUGACAGUCCUAGAGGAUGCACCAAUGGGCAGCAAGCCUGCUGACCCCACUCCUGCUCGCGCUGCCCCUAGCCCCACCCCUAGCUCUUCUGCCGAGGAGCUGCAAUUGGUGGGUCUGACCAAGGAGGUCCUUUCAGCUCACACUCAGAAGGAGGAGCAGGAGUAUGUGGAUCGCAUCCUCCACAGUCCCUAUAGCUCCUAUCUACAGCAAGACAACAGCUCCGGGGUUCACCCUCACCACCCAGGUGACUACGUGAUGCAACCGGUGACUGCAGCCGUGUUGAACCGCACUCGGACAGGGAAGCCUAAUAAACACAAGCGUCCCAAACCCAAAACUUCGUCUGACAGCUACGCCUCUCCACCCGAGCCCCCUCUUGCCCUCCCCCGCCCCUACUCCGCCUGGCCCUCCUCUGAAUCCUCUAACCCCCUUCCCCAGUUUGGGCUGCCCCACCCUCCUAUAUCCCCUCCACAAGCCCCCAUGGGUACCCUCCAGACCCCCUACUUCACUAUGCUGAGAAGCCAGCCAGGGGUGGACCAAGUGGGGAAACAGCAGCAGGCAUGGGUGGGCCCCAUGGUGCUUCAACCAGACCAGAACCCAAACUCAAACCCACAGAACUUUCAGCAGAACCUACAACAGAAUGUUCAGCAGAACCUCCCGCAUAACUUUCAGUUUAUGCAGUCCAUUCAGAACAUGCAGACCCCAGUCUAUGCAGUCUGUCCAGGUGCAGUCCAUCCAGUCCAACAUUCCCAGACAGAACUUUCAGUCCAUUCAGAUCCAGAACAUUCAGGGCUUCCACAACAUACAGCCCAUGGCCCAUAAGUAUAGAUACAUCCGACAGGAGAGUGAGUGAUGAAAGUUGGACAGAGGAUCUUGAAAUCUCUGUGCAAGAAACCAUUGGAUGAACUUUGAAAAACAAAUGUUUUUGAAAAACAAAUGUUGGUGUCCCCAGGACUGAGUUAGGGAAAAGCUGCCCUAGAAUCUUCAGACACAGAUUAACACACAUACACAGAUCUGAACAGCUGCAUCAGAGGCUGUAUUGGGCCGGAGGGCACAGAGGAAUGGAGCAUUCUGAUUGGCACUUUCUGGCAGGUGAGAGACGGGUAUUCUUAUUGGCUGGUCUCUGGACCCCAAUUGGAUCACUUCUGACAGAUUUUGUUGGAUUCCAAUGGAUCAUUUGUACUCUCUCUCUCUGUCCCUCCCUCUCUCUCAUUGUAGACCCUGUGUAUAUUAAUUUGGGAGUCUGUUCUGCAGGCUGUUUAGAACCUGGAUGGCCCGAUACCACUGGGAGAUAUCAAAAACACAGACUGAAAUCUACUGAUGUUAUGGACACACACUCUGGGUGAUACUGGCAGAGUGAUUGUAUGGACAGUUACAGCCCUAAGCCGACUCCCACUACAAAUGAACUCUGCAUUUUUGUCUAGCGAGCAAAUGGAUCUGACAAGCAGAAGGGCCUUAUGUUGUGUAGGAGUGACAUGUGUAUGGACACACACUGUGAGAUACGGGGUGAUGUUAGGGACACAGAAACCCUCAGUAUGAUACAGACAGUGACGGGGUGUUGAACUGCAGUACAGCGUCUGGGCUGUUCCCUGGAUCCAUGGACCAGCACAGGGACUCCAGAAGUUGUUGUGGACCUGGACCUAGAAUGAACAGUUGCCAUGACGUUCCACCGCUUCUGCUCCUUUCAAUUUCUAUUUUUGUGAUUGUUGUUUAUUGUGUCUCUACGAUUCCAAAGGUUCCCUAGUACUCCUUGUCCUAACCUCAACAAGCUGCAACCACAGCCAGGCUCACUUUAUUGAAUGAAAUGUUAUAAAGGCUUGAUGUUGGUGUCUUUUGUAUGUUUGGUGUGUGUGUCUUCUCUAUGCGCUCAUGUCCAUAAGUGUCCUGUUUGUCUAGGUUUUGUACAUUUUUUGGGGUACAGAACAAUGUAUUUUAGAAGAAAAAAACUGUAUACAAAACAAAGCAAUUUGUUUUGAAUUGAGGGAGUUUUUGUGACAA